AUGGCUGGAUAUUCGAAAUUUGCUAUGAUACACGAUGUCCGUCGGUCUCUUGGUACGAAAAUUGAAUCAAGACAUGGCUCUGCACCUGUAUCCCAGAUCUAUAGCUAUAAAAGUGAGGGGAUGUAUCCAACGCACUACCAGGCGCACUGUUCGUCGAUCGAUACUUUUGGCGAUGUGUUGGACGAAGAAGAAGAGACUUAUCACAUUGAAUAUUUUCAGGGAUAUGGACAGUUCCGUGAGGUUGGGCUGUCUCAAGAACUACCUGCUGAGCUGGAGGAAGCCAUUCUACAGUGA